AUGGAGGUGAGAGUGAAGAGCUGGAGGCUCGUCAAACCAAUCGACUGGCAUCCGCCUCCUUCGACUGAUCGUGUCCACAUCGUUCCCCUGACCGUCUUCGACAAGGUGACCACGAACUUCCACGCCGCCGUCAUCUACCUCUUCCGCCCGCCGCAUGCGCCGACCUCCAAUUGCCACUUGGAGCGCGGCCUCGCGGAGGCCUUGUCCGCCUAUAGGGAGUUCGCCGGGAGGUUUGCCGCCGACGAUGACGACUUUCCCCUCCCGUUCGAACCGUCCCCUGCUUCACUGCGCUUCCUCUCGAGCAAUGAUGACGGUGAUACUGGAGAUGCUUUGGCGCGUGUCCAACUGACACGGUUCGCGUGUGGCUCCUUGGCUAUCGGGUUCUCGUCGCACCACCGCGUCGCCGACGGGCACGCCACUGCCAAUUUUUUAAUCGCGUGGGGGCUCGCUUGCAGGGGGAUUUCGUUCCCGUCGCCGUUCCGCGACCAGUCCGUUGUCGCUGUUCCGCGUGACCCUCCGGAAAUCCGGUUCGAUCACCGGAACACGGAAUACUACUUCAACGCCGACAAUGAUGGUGACAGUUUCCCAAAAGACGACUGA